AUGGCCUGGGACGACGAGGAUUUCGAUAUUCCAUCAAAUAGCAAGACAUCUGCAUCUUGGGAAGAUGAAGAGGAUGAUGAUCCGCUUUUAGAGAGCUGGGAUGUGGAUCCAGAAGAGGAGGCAAAGAAGAAGAAGGCAGCCAAGGAAGCAGAGGCCAAGGCCAAAGCAGAACAAAAAGCCAAAGAAGAUGAAGCUAGGAAAAAGAAGGAGAAAAAAAGACAGGAAAUGGAGCAGUUUGAUAAUUUGGACGAGAGAAGCAAAAGGGAGCUUUUGAAGAAAGCUGAAUUGAGUGCCGAUUUGAACAAUGCCGCUGAUCUUUUUGGAGGGCUCGGCGUUGCUGGUGAUGGCGAUGGCGACGACGACGACUUCGAUAUCAAUGAACAUCCUAGAGAAAAAGCCAGAAGAGCAGAAGCGGCUGCUGCUGCUGCUGCUGCUUCGAGGAAACCAGUGUUGACUAAAGAUACUCCAUUGGAGGACCAUCCAUUGUUUCAACCUACAAACAAACAAGAAUAUGAAAAGUUGAGAAAAGCAGUGGGUACCGCGUUGACUACUUUGAACGAGGACAGUUCGCUUUUGUAUGCAUCGAGCUUGGCAAUUGACUUGAUUAGAGAUUUGACACAGCCAUUGUCAGUGGAAAAUACCAGGAAAGUUAUCAGUACAUUGAAUGUGAUAAUAAAGGAUAAAGAAAGACAGGAGAGGUUGGCUAGGUUGAAGAAGACUGGAGGAACUGCCAGUGGUGGUGCGGGAAAGAAGAAGGCCAAGCCAGCGGCCAGACCUAAUGUUGGAGGUUUCAAAAAGGAUGAUUUCGAUGACAUGGGUGGUGAUUUGGACGGCUUGGAUGACGAUGACUUUAUGUAG